AUGGCUCCACGAGAUAAAAAGGCUCCCGGUGCAGCAGACAAAAACAGACGGCAACGGGAGACUGGUAUUCUCGACCCAACACCCAUCGUCAAAGCAUCCUCUGGCAUUCAAAACAAGCGGCCCGUGACCCGCUCUGCAGAAUCCCAACCUGUGCCAUCCUACACCACCCAGCCGGCUCGUACGAAACACAAACGUUCGCAAGCCACAGAGGCCGAAGCUGACGAGCCAAAGGACGCGCCCUCUGCAAAGCAGCACCGAAAAGAUAUUCCCUGCGACCGCAAGUCCUCUACGCAGCCCCUGCAGAAGCAGAUAAGUGGUGAAGCUGAAGCUGAAGGCGAAGUCGACGAGUCAGAAGGCGUGUAUCUCUCAGAGAAACGUCAGGAAUCCACACCACUCUCAGAGCAGGACUUGGAAGCACUGUACAAGGAGGUGAUGGACGCGGCAGCCAACAGAUCGCGGCCUCUCAAACGCACGUUGGCAUCGGAAGAGAUUACCUACCGAUCCAAGAGUUCUUCCAGCACCCAGUUCUUCUACCGCACGUAUCAUCUCCGAGAUGUGGGGAUUCAGGUAUACACAGAGCCGCCUGACUACAUCGAAGCCGCUGUCAACAGCAUUGCCAACACCGAAGUCUCUAAACAGCGCCGAGCUGAAGUUAGCGGUAUUGCUCGAAAGCUCCACGAUGACUGGGUCAUUUUAAUCCAGAGUGGAUGUGGCGAGGAUUGCGGUCUUCAUCCACUCUACGGUGCCCUCAGAACUCUAAGCCCAAAGAGUCUCAUUUCUAUUGAUAAGGCCGCCUGGCGAGAGGAACUUAAGCCAGUGAAACCAUGUGACGAUUUCAGCUUCCUGAACGGUGUCAGUGAACAUGCAGAAGAAGUGGAAGUUGACAGUGACACCGACCGAGCACAGAAGCGGCAGAAGCGGUCCACCACCUCGCCAGGCAACGAUUCACAAGACUUUAUCCUGACAAACACCCCUGUCGCCCUUGGUCCGAUGAGAGAGGAAGAUCGCUACCCGAUCAAAACCCCCAUCCCUGACCUCUCAAUAGGCCUUCAUCUCGAUGCUCUGACCACUGCUCUUUCGCAAAGUCUCAAUUUUUCCAAGGUCAAGACCACACGUCUCAUCGAUUGGCUCCAGACAGAGAUGAUACAGCACAAGCCAGAUACGCCUUUUGAGCCAGCAUUACUCUUUAGACCUGCCGAACGCGCCUUUAACCUCGCCUUCCCAUUUGCAGUUGUCGAAGGCAAGGCCUACUCGACGGGCAAACAGAUUUUCGAGGCGGAGAACCAAGCGGCGGUUGCCGGGGCGUGUGGGCUCAAGAUACAGCUUGGUCUAGAUAGGCUAGUUAACAAGGGUUCCGGGGUUGAGAGUACCCAGCCUCCACUCUUCUUCUCCAUCACCACACAAGGUCCCAUCCACGAGCUCUGGUAUCACUGGACCGUGGAGGAAGAUGGUAUACGCACAUUUGAAUCGAACCUGCUGGACAGUUGGAACGCCAUGUUGGUGGAGCGUGGGGGGGAUUUUGUGAUCCGGCUCAACAAUGUGCUAACUUGGGGUGCAGGUCCGUUUGCGAGAUCGGUGGUUGAGCGUCUGGAGGUGGCAGCCCUCACGACACUGGCUGGAUGA